GACGGGCCCCCAAGAACGAGGAAGAAGAGAAACCAUCCCACACUCAGGAUACCAAGCAAAGCCAUCCUAUACAGUCAACAUCUUCUCGGGCAUCUUCCAACCAAACCUUCAACCGCCAACAUGAAGUUCUCCAUCGCCUUCCUGUCCCUCCUGGCCACCAUCGCCAUGGCCGCCCCCAACGUCGCCCCCGCUGACAACGGCGUUCUUCUUGACUCUCGCGGUGUCGACUGCAAGAAGUGCCGCUGCUCUUCCAAGGAGUCGUGCACUUUCGACUGCUGCCAGUAACUCGGCAUUGCUUUGGGGCGUUGACUUGCUGUGGAUGAAGGGCACACUAUUGUGUAUGGGCGUUGAUGGUCUUGUACUUGGCAUGGAAGCCUCGAUCAUGACGCAAGGCUGGUUGGCUUGCACACUGGUUUCACUCUUUAUCAGUGUAUCCCGAUAGAUCUUGUGGGUUAUAGGUACGGACUGGACGCAGUCUGUUGUUGCCUGUCUCGCGAUUCAAUACCAGAAAACCCUUUCCGGAAACAGUUGCAACUCGUAUAAAGCACAUUGAGGAGCCAUUUGCCGCUAACCUACAGGCGAAUUGGAAGGCUCAUGAAAUGGCACUGAACCUUUUGC